AUGGCAAAGAGCACGUUCAAGCAAGAGCAUGAUCUUGAGAAGAGAAGAGCAGAGGCUGCUCGGAUUAGAGAGAAAUAUCCAGAUAGAAUUCCGGUGAUUGUGGAGAAGGCUGAGAAGAGUGAUAUACCAACCAUCGACAAGAAGAAAUACCUAGUCCCGGCUGAUCUGACGGUGGGGCAAUUCGUGUAUGUCAUUCGCAAAAGGAUCAAACUGAGUGCAGAAAAGGCUAUCUUUAUAUUUGUGGACAAUGUUCUUCCUCCAACAGGUGCGCUAAUGUCUGCGGUGUAUGAAGAGAAGAAGGAUGAUGAUGGGUUCCUCUAUGUCACUUACAGCGGAGAAAACACAUUUGGAUUUGGAUCUUCAUAG